ACGGGUCCACCACGCUGCUUCUAACACUGCUGGAGAGAUGCCUCGUGAUCCAUUGAUCGGCAUAGUCGGCAAGCCAUCGAGCGGGAAGUCCACAACGCUGAAUUCGCUGACAGAUGCUGCUGCUAAAACAGGGGCCUUUCCCUUCACAACCAUUGAUCCUAACAAAGCUACCGGUUAUCUGCAGAUUGACUGUGCCUGUAAGAGGAUGAACAAAGCCGAGCUGUGUAAGCCGAACUACGGUUGGUGCACCAAUGGUAAACGUCAUGUUCCUAUCUUACUGUUGGACGUUGCUGGGUUGGUUCCAGGGGCUCAUCAAGGCAAAGGUUUGGGUAAUAAGUUCUUGGAUGACCUCAGACACGCGGACGCGCUGAUCCAUGUUGUCGAUGUCAGUGGCACCACUGACGCCGAAGGUAAGAACACUCGAGGCUAUGACCCACUGCAAGAUGUUGAAUGGUUGCAAGACGAAAUCAGACUGUGGAUUGAAGGCAAUCUGAAGAAGAGAUGGGGCUCAAUCGUCAGAAGACAUACUGCUACAAAGAGUCCUAUUGUGGAGACCCUGCUAACGCAGUUCGCAGGUUACUCUGCGAACAGAGAGAUGGUGGCUCGUGCAAUGGACAGGCUGCAAUCUGUGGGGAAAUUGGAGGAAUGGGACGAUGCAAAGAUCACCGAGGUGGUGAAGGCAUUCAUGGCGGAGAAGUUCCCUACAGUUCUGUCUUUGAACAAGAUCGACCACCCAGAUGCCGAUAAAAACGUCAGUAAGAUCAUACUGAAGUACCCUGAUACCAAAGCAGUGCUCACAAGUGCAAUCACGGAAGUGUUUCUUAGGAAAUUGGCCAAACAGGGCUUCAUUAAAUAUGAGGAAGGCACUGAGUUCAUAGAUACAAAGGAAGACCUUCCAGACGACCCAGACCUCAAGGAGCUGGACGACAAGCUAAAGAAUCGGAUUGAGAACAUUCGUGACUUGGUUCUAUACAGAUUUGGAUCCACAGGCGUGGUUCAAGUACUACAAGCAGCUGCAGAAGUUCUACAGCUGGUUCCGGUAUUCACCGUGAGAAAUAUCCACACCUUCACUUCCGGGAACGGAACCAACGUGUUUAGAGACUGUACGCUCAUAAGAAGAGGCACUCCCGUGGGUAAAGUGGCGAGAUAUAUCGUUGGUGAUGUCACAAUUGCGGCCGUGGAAGGAAUUGGCGGACAAAGGGUGAGCGAGGACGAUGUCGUUGACAUCGGCAAGAACGACAUUUUGUCCUUCAAAGUGGUUCCAGGUGGUAAUAAGGAGUGAAGAACAUACAAAGCAUCCCAAGAUGUGGUUUAGAUUAGAAAAUCAAAUCGUGCGGUCAUUAUAAUAUAAACG